UAAGGUACAGAGAUUUUAAGUUCUCUUCUUCCAAGUGAGGAACCUGUGGAAAAAUUUACUUGCCUGCAAAAUUCUUCGAUCUUCCUGAAAGACGCAUAAUUGCAGCUCACACCUAAAGGUUGUCUAGAAGCCAAACUCCUAAAGAAAACAUCCAGAAUGGUUCUCAUGAUACUACCCCUUAUCGGCUCAGUCUCUUUGUCUGAGGGCCUGGUGGGCAUGGUAACACUGUGCCUGGUGUACAUGCUCAUGAAGUACAUGCACACAGAGAUCCCAGAAGGACUAAAACGACUCCCAGGACCAAAGCCCCUGCCCAUUAUUGGGAAUGUCCUGGAUAUGGGGAAUAAUCCACACCUCAGCCUCACUGCCAUGAGUAAACUCUACGGCUCAGUCUACCAGAUCCAGAUUGGCAUGCGUCCCGUGGUGGUUCUGAGUGGCAGUGAGACUGUGCGUCAGGCUCUCAUCAAGCAAGGGGAAGACUUUGCCGGCAGGCCCGAUCUCUACACCUUCAAGUUUGUCAACAACGGCAAAAGUCUGUCCUUCAGCCCUGACCAUGCUGGCGUGUGGCGCGCCCGACGCAAGCUGGCAAUGGGUGCCCUCCGCUCCUUCUCCACCGUCGACGGAACAUCCCCAGAGUACUCCUGUGCCCUGGAGGAGCACAUCUGCAAGGAGGGAGAGUAUCUGCUGAAACAGCUGACCUCGGCUAUGGAUGUCAAUGGCAGCUUUGAUCCCUUCCGUCAUAUCGUCGUAUCCGUGGCCAACGUCAUAUGUGGAAUGUGCUUCGGCCGACGCUACAGCCAUGACGACCAGGAGCUGCUGCGCUUGGUGAACCUGAGUGAUGAGUUUGGUCAAGUAGUGGCCAGUGGCAAUCCUGCUGACUUUAUUCCCUUUCUCCGUUACCUGCCCAACCGCAACAUAAAGAAGUUUAUGGAUAUCAACGCACGUUUUAAUAGCUUUGUGCAGAAAAUUGUCAGGGAACACUAUGACAGCUAUGACAAGGACAACAUCCGUGACAUCACUGACUCCCUUAUUGAUAUCUGUGAGGACAGGAAAUUGGAUGAAAACUCCAACAUCCAGGUUUCUGAUGAGAAGAUUGUGGGCAUUGUAAAUGAUCUCUUUGGGGCAGGUUUUGACACCAUCAGCACAGCUUUAUCAUGGUCUGUUCUGUACCUUGUGGCUUAUCCAGACAUCCAGGAAAGACUGCAUCAAGAAUUGAAGGAACGGGUGGGAAUGGACCGCACCCCCCGUCUGUCUGACAAAAUCCUCUUACCCCGCUUAGAGGCCUUUAUUCUGGAGCUCUUCCGUCACUCUUCUUUUCUGCCAUUUACUAUCCCUCACUGUACCACCAAGGAUACAUCUCUUAACGGGUACUUCAUUCCCAAGGACACAUGUGUCUUCAUCAACCAGUGGCAGGUCAACCAUGACCCGGAACUGUGGAAAGAACCUUCUUCUUUCAACCCUGACCGUUUUCUGAAUGCUGAUGGCUCAGAAGUCAACAAGCUGGAUCGAGAGAAGGUGUUGAUAUUUGGCUUAGGCAAACGUCGCUGCAUUGGUGAGGUCAUCGCACACAAUGAGUUCUUCCUCUUCUUGGCCAUCCUCCUCCAGCGGUUGCGCUUCCAAGAGAAGCCUGGACACCCAUUGGACAUGACCCCAGAGUACGGUCUCACCAUGAAACACAAGCGCUGUCAGGUGAAGGCUAGCCUGCGGACAUGGGGGCAUGAGGAGUGAGGGCUUAGGUCACCUAAAGUAAGCCAACCUAAAGUAAGCCACAUACACUGGGUGGUAUGCGCUGAGUUCAGAGUUACAGUACCCCUGUCAAAAAUGACAGGUUCUUGUGAUGUAAAAGAAUGAGACAAAGAUAAAUCAUGUCAGAAAGUUUUCCACCUAUAAUGUGACCUA